AUGAAUUUCAAGGGGUUUGGGAAUGAUCCGGGAGCCUCCGUCGCUGGCGGUGGUGGGAGGACAACGGCGGGGAGUUUCUCGCUAGCGCGGCAAUCGUCGGUGUACUCGUUGACGAUUGAUGAAUUUAUGAAUAGUAUGGGAGGUUCUGGGAAAGAUUUUGGGUCAAUGAACAUGGAUGAAUUGUUGAAGAACAUUUGGACUGCAGAAGAGGUUCAAACAAUGGGGGGAGAAGAGGCUGUUAGUAAUCAUUUGCAGAGGCAGGGCUCUUUGACGCUGCCGCGGACGCUUAGUCAGAAAACAGUUGAUGAAGUUUGGAAGGAUAUUUCGAAGGAUUAUGGUCCUAAUUUGGCUGCGCCGCAGGCUCAAAGACAACCAACUUUGGGGGAAAUGACUUUGGAAGAGUUUUUGGUUAGAGCUGGUGUUGUUAGGGAAGAUGCGAAACCGAAUGAUGGGGUUUUUCUUGAUUUAGCGCGUGUUGGAAAUAAUAGUAAUUUGGGUUUGGCUUUUCAGGCUCAGCAGAUGAAUAAAGUUGCUGGUUUUAUGGGCAACAAUAAUAGAAUGAAUGGUGGUACUAAUGAUGAUCCACUUGUUGGUCUUCAGAGUCCUACUAAUUUGCCAUUGAAUGUGAAUGGGAUUAGAUCAGCAAAUCAGCAACAGAUGCAGAGUUCAGUGUCUCAGCAACAACAUCAGAAUCAGCAACUUCAGCAACAUCAACUUCAGCAACAACAGCAGCAACAGCAACAUCAGCAGCAGAUAUUUCCGAAGCAACCUGUUUUGAACUAUGCAACUCAGAUGCCUUUGUCUAGUAAUCAAGCAAUGAGAGGUGGAAUUAUGGGGCUUUCUCCUGAUCAAGGCAUGAAUGCAAAUCUUGUGCAAGGUGGAGGGAUUAGUAUGGUUGGUUUGGCACCUGGGGCUGUUCAACUUGGUGCCGUGUCCCCGGCUAACCAAAUAUCUGGUGAUAAACUUGGAAAGUCUAAUGGGGAUACUUCUUCUGUGUCGCCGGUUCCUUAUGUGUUUAAUGGUGGUAUGCGAGGAAGGAAGGGUAAUGGAGCUGUUGAGAAGGUAAUUGAGAGGAGACAGAGAAGAAUGAUAAAGAAUAGAGAGUCAGCGGCUAGAUCCCGUGCUCGCAAGCAGGCUUAUACCAUGGAAUUGGAAGCAGAAGUUGCAAAAUUAAAAGAAGAGAAUGAAGAACUUCAGAAAAAACAGGAAGAAAUCAUGGAAAUUCAGAAAAAUCAAGUUAAAGAAAUGAUGAAUUUGCAGCGAGAAGUCAAGAGAAAAUGCUUAAGACGAACACAAACCGGUCCAUGGUAG